CAUGUUUUAACAACAAAUUACUAACUUUGGUAUUUUCGCUGACAAAGACGAUGUUUGGAAUAGAUUCAAGAUUUAUUGAAUCUAGUUUCAACCUUUGAAUCUGACUGACUGCAAAUGCAAGUUUGCAUUGCUAUUGAAUUGCGAUAAUAUCGACCUAGAAUCUGUUUGUUUCGAUUUGUACGAUCCAAACGGAAUUUGAAAUAAAGCUCAUUCGAAGGGACACAUCUUCCGAAUUGGCAACAUCGAUUGGAAAAAAGAAUUGAGAUCGGAACCAGCAACGAAAUGCCGGCCACUGAAGGAGACACUAUUUUUAUCCUAGUGGGCGCCUCGGGAGACUUGUCGAAAAAGAAAAUCUGGCCUACAUUAUGCAACCUGAAGCGUGAUUUUCUUUCGAAGUCUUCAAAAUUCGUUGGCUAUGCUCGGUCCAAAUUGACGAUAGAAGAAAUCAAAACCGGUGUCAAACCUCAUUUCAAGAGCAAAACGGCGGAUGACGAAGCGGCUUUUGAUGACUUCUUUGCAAGCAGCUCCUACAUAUCGGGCAGGUACGACGAAGUGUCCUCCUUCAUCAAACUAUCCGAACACCUCGCAUCGCUCAGUUUGGAGUCGACCUCGAAGGGAGUGAAUGUGAAUUAUAUUUUCUACCUCGCAGUCCCACCCUCAGUGUUUGAUGCGGUCACUUCUAACAUCAAACUAUGCUGCAUGGCGCCCAAGGGUGUCACUCGCGUUGUCGUCGAAAAGCCGUUUGGCCACGAUCUGGAGUCCUCGGAAGUACUGUCCAAACACCUGGCAACUCUGUUCUGGGAGCAGCAGCUAUACAGAAUAGACCACUACCUCGGCAAAGAAAUGUCCCAGAACAUGCUAGUUUUAAGGUUCGGGAACCAGAUGUUCGGUCCAAUCUGGAACAACCAGUCGAUCAAGGCAGUGAAGUUGACGUUCAAGGAGGCGAUAGGGACCAAAGGGAGAGGGGGCUACUUCGACCCCAGUGGCAUCAUCAGAGACGUCAUGCAGAACCACAUGGUACAACUGCUCUGUCUAGUCGCAAUGGAGAAGCCCCCGUCGCUAGAGGCAGACGAUAUACGCGCAGAGAAGGUAAAAGUUCUCAAACGAAUUCAGCCCGUGAAAAUGGAAGACGUAGUGUUGGGACAGUACGUAGGAGACAAGUCUAAACCCGAGGAUAGCGAGGCCUACCAGGGGUACUUGGACGACCCAACUGUACCCAAAAGUUCGACAACGCCCACUUUCGCCACAGCUGUGCUGCACGUGAACAAUGACAGGUGGGAGGGAGUUCCAUUCAUCAUCAAAGCGGGCAAAGGUCUGAAUGAACGAAAAGCAGAGAUCAGACUGCAGUUCAAAGAUGCUCAGGGAGACAUUUUCUCGCAGAAGUGUCAGAGGAACGAACUCGUGUUCAGAGUGCAGCCCAAUGAGGCAGUCUACGCUAAACUCAUGACCAAAAUACCAGGUAUGGAGUUCAAACUGGAGGAGACGGAACUAGACCUGACGUUAACAGAGAGGUUCCACGGUCACAAGUUCCCAGAUGCGUACGAGAGGCUUCUGUGGGAUGUUUACUGCGGCAACCAGUCCAGCUUUGUCAGAAGUGACGAGCUUAGGGAGGCGUGGAGGAUUUUCACACCACUGCUGAAUGAAAUUGAUACUGCAAAGCACAAACCAGUAGACUACAUAUUCGGAAGCCGGGGACCGCUUGAAUCUGAUGAGCUGGAGAGAAAAUAUGACAUGAAGUUCAGUGGGACCUACACGUACAAACCGUCCCAGCUUUCCAAAUCGCAGCUCUGACUUGAAACUCCUCAAUUGAAACUUUGAGUUAUCAAUCAGAUAUUACUUAUUGAGUUUGUCUCGGUUGUUUGAAACAUCGGCUAUUUUACAAUUCCAUUGAAAAGUCGUGUCGUAUUUUUUUUUUGAAUUUUGAUUGCCAAAAAGAUGUUAAUAAAGAGUGACAGGAACUAGAUAGUGUUAUAAAAUUGGUCGAGUUGGUUCCUCUGGAUGAAAUUUAGUUUGUUUGCCUGUAAAGAUAAUUCGUAAACUUAUAUUUCUAUUGGCCGUCCUUGAAUUUAAUAAUUUUCCUAAAAUAAAUCAAGUUGAUUCCUUCGAUUAGUUGUUUAUAUGAAAUAAAAUUGUUUGAAAAUGCAA